AUGCAGUUGUUAGUCGGGUGUCAGUCCUUGACGUCUCUUUACCUUCUAUUUCUUUCCUUUACUGUAUCGCUUUCUCACUGCCUACCUAUCCACUUGCCUCCCGAUACGACUAAAGUGCUUUCCUCAACUGAAAGCUCUGCUCCGUUUGCCACUUUUCUGACUACUCCAAUGGUGACAUUAAAUGGUGCAGAAAUCCCAAUGAAAGUUGUGCCCUUAGAAGAAAUAGAGUCGAGGUACUUUUCCUACUUAACCGUUGAAGGCACUCCAACCACACUAGAAGACAAGACGACUACUUCGGCACAUUGGGUUGAUGAUAUGUUGCUAGAAGAGAAGACGACAGUUUCAACAGAAGGCAUACUGCCGGAAGAGGUAAAAUCGACAACUGAAUUGACAUCCGCUAUGAUGAAAAUGUCCGAAACUUCUUCCAUUGAAACUCUUAAACCGCAAGAAUUAACUACCGAGCAAGCAAAGGCGGAAGAAAUAAUGAUUUCUAAUGACAGCACCUCGGGAGAUGGUUUGAAAUCAGUUAGCACAGCAUCCACGUCUCCAACGUCUAUAACAAAUAUAUUGAUAACUUCAACUCCUGAAGUCUUUAAAUCUAAAGAUUUAAUUACUACUGCAAUUCCAAAUCCAUUAACCGAUUAUCCUCACAAGGAGAAUACGGUAUUACAAACAAUUGAACCGUCGGAUUUGUGGAGGGCAACACCGACAAUACCUGGAACAGAACAAAUUGACGAAUUAAAGGAACCCAUUAUAUCCAUAUCAAAUUCACCAUCCAUGCAAGAAUCAGAAAUGAUUACAAGUGAGGAUGAAGUGACUACAACAACUAAUUUAGUUAUAGAGACGUCAUCAUUGCCACUUUCAAUAUCUAAUUCAGCACCUGUCAAAGAAGCGACAUUAUUGAGCACUUUUGCUUCAGAAACGGAAAUGCUUGGUUCUGCAGUCUAUUCAGACCUUCCUAAAACUUCGACUUUUUCAAAAACACUGGCAUCGAUUGUUCCUACUCAAAUAACAAUGCCAAAUACAAUGAUGACAACUGAAAUCAUUGAACCCGCAUCAAAAAUCCUAGAACAAGUGACGACUACCAAAACUGAAGAAGUAACUUUACAGGAAAUGAACACAAUUCCAAUCGCCACUGCGACACUGUCAGAAACAAAGAAAGUUCUAGAAGAAACUUCGAUUUCAAGUCAUAAUCAGGAGAUUUCUAAGGUUGGACUAAUUUUAAGCACGAGAGAGACAUUACCUAUAACAGCUGUGGAACCCCAAAUGACAACAACAGCUCAACCUUUAAAAUCAAUACAGCCCUUAGCACAGACAACCCAGAAUUUUCACUCGACAUCUAUUGGGAUUAGAUACUCAGAAAUAUCUGAAAAGACCUCGUCUGCGGUUGGUGUAAUACCUAUUCAGACUGCUGAAAGUGUUUCGCCGACAAUCUCAAUUUCUACAAAUAACGAUGCAUUUGCCUCAGCUACUACUUCUUCAAUUUUGUUCCCAACGGAAGAUCCGACUGCUUCUGGAAUUAAAAAUAGCGAGAUGGCAAUAACAUCAGGUGAAAGGGAAUUGGCAUCUCAAUUUGAAGAGCCCGGUACUUCUAUAAUUACUACACGAUCUCUCCCGACGACACAGGUGACUCAGAGUACAGCUCCUAGUGAACAAAUAUGGACAACGCUGGUAAAUUCUUCUGAAUCGAUUCAAGAUAAUGCUUCGACAAUAGUAAAAACCGAUUCAUCGAAAUUUGAGAUGACUAGUACUGAAAUAAGUAUACCAGUUGGAGUGCAGGCAACUAUGAGUUCUCCUUCCGAAUCCACUGCAACAAUAACUACUAGUAUUGCUGGUAGUGCUGGUUCCAACACUGAAAUGUCCAUUGUAGCGGAAGUAACAAGUGGAGCUGAGACAAAGAUAUCAUAUCCAACAUCAACUAAAACGACUGCUUCAGCUGUUCCUGAAAUUAUACUCACAUCACCAGCGGUUGCCGUAGGAAGCACAACGGAAAUACCUCCACAUACUCCAAGCUCAGUUACACAAAUGCCAACAGAAUUGAAGGACCAUGCAACUACUGUUCAUUCAAUUCAGGAGGAAAAUCCAAGUCCUUUAAUCACGGACGUUAAUGAAAAGACACUGUUUUCAACUUUUUCACAAUCGACCACCUCUAGAUCCCUAGUUCCAGAUGAAGUUGAAAGUAAAAAAACUCAAACGGCAAUAACUUCUACCAUUUCUAGGUUAUUUUCAACCAUGCAACCGAUAACCACUGCUCCCAGUUCAAGCUAUUCAAUAACUGAAAAACCCACAAGUCCUGAAAGCUCAGACGUUUCUGAUGUGAAAACAUUACAGUCACUCCAACUGAGUUAUUCAACUACGAUCGCAGCUUCUGCCACCAAAGAAGUAUCUAUAAGCACAGCCGUAACUGAUACAGCACUUCCAACCACUGCUAUUUCUCCUAAGGAUACCGUUUCAGCUCAUCCUAUGGUGUGGACGGAAACUGAGGUACAAAGCACAUUACCAGCCGAAAAAUCGGAUAUCCCUACCCCUCAAAUGACAAAAGCAACUCAAAUUAGCACUUCAACAUCUAAACCGACUAUAGUCGAGGACCUUGGAACACAACCUCCAAUUCUUCCCGAUUCAACUAAGAAUGUAGAAAUAGCAACACAAAUGGGACAUUUUUUAAGCUCACUUCCCCAAGAGAAGCCAGAAAUUACGACGGUGGAUACAACAAAAGUUGGAAAUGACUUAACGACUCAAACUGAACCCUGGAGAAAGGACAUUCAAAUUACAUCAUCUGCUGAAAUCGUUACGGCGAAGCUCACACAAACAACUCAAGCACACCAGCCUAUGGUCACGGAAAAGCCACCAGAUUCAGGUAAGCCCCCCGUUGAUCCGAAUCCUCAACGACCUAAAGAUCCUGACCCAGAGGGAAUGACUCUGGCAACUGCAAUUUCAAUGGGUCUAAUUUUGAUUUUCCUUCUAAUUCUUCUCUGCAUUCUUGCUGUAUCCUUAAUUGCUGGCUGGAUACACUGCAGAGGAAGAGAAAGCAGACAACCGAAAGUUAGUCUUAUUCGAGUUGAGCGUGGACUAGCAACAGAGUUUGCAGAUAGCUGGAGUAAAGGGAUGUCUGCACAAGCCUGGAUGACGACUCAAUCUGGGGCCACUGCAAUCAAUCCAAUUCCACCCACUUCUUCACCUCAGUUAACCAUACAAUCUCCUGCUCCACCUCAUCCACAGAACUUUCACUGUGGAUGUAAGCGAAGGGGCCUCUUUAAAAGACCCAGUCAGUUGUGUUUGGUACAUGGAGACCCUUCGGCAAGACAUCCAGCCAGUGCUGUACGUGCAGUGAAGAUUAUAUCACUGUCCGGCAAUUCUGAUGAGGAGGGAGAGAAUGAUGCUGUUCUACUCACCGAAUUGGGUCGUCGAAGGGCCAGUGGGGCUUCGGAUGCGCCUGGAGUGAACGAAGAAGUAGAAGAGGGAGAAGAGGGGGAUUCUAGAGACAUUGGCAAAGGACGUGGUGAAUGGCUCUUUAUUGAUGAGGCAUGA